AUGUCUCUGUUAUCCGUGUUGUACUAUAACAGGUGGCCGCUGGCUCUGGCUGGCCUAGUGGUCUACCUGGUCUACAAGGUUCGGACUUACUACCGGCUUCGUCAUUUUAAGGGGCCACCUGGGUCAGGCUGGUUUGAGCUGUGGCACUCCUCUGCCGUCCUGGGUGAUGAAUUACACGUCCAGUAUAAGGACGUUUGCGACAAAUACGGAGUUAUUGCCCGGAUCGGCCCCAACGACCUCAUCACUUGCUCUCGAGAGGUCCUCUCCCACAUGAGCGCGGUGCGAUCCCCUUACACGCGAGCGUCCUGGUUCGCCAUGGCGUUUCGGUUCCAGCCAGGCAAGGACAACCUCUUCAGUGAGACAAAUGAAGCAAUCCAUAUGCGGAGAAGACAACAGAUGGCUCCCGGGUACUCUGGAAAGGAAAACCUGGAACUUGAAGGCGCCGUCGACAUAUACAUCGAAAAACUCAUUCACCUGAUCCGAUCCAAGUAUUUGUCCACUGCCGAACUGGCCGUAUCCUUUGAUCUCGGCGUCAAGCUCCAAUACCUAGCUCUCGACGUCAUCAACGGCAUCGGCCUGGGCGAGUCCCUCGGCAACCUCGACGACAACACGGACAAGUACGCCUAUAUCAAGUCACUCGAGGCAGGCGUCCAUCUCGGAAUCGUCUUCUCAGCCAUCGGCCUCCUCCCAAUCAUGCAAAUCCCCUGGAUAUUCCGUCUGUUUGCGCCGUCCGAGAAGGACGGCAUGGGCUUCGGGCGCGUCAUGCGCCACGCCCGGACGCGCAUCGAGGCACGGCUCCAGCAACAAGACACCGACACGCGCUCCGACAUGCUCGCCUCGUUUGUGCGCCACGGCCUCGGCACCGAGGAGCUCGUCGGCGAGGCGAUUCUGCAGCUCAUCGCCGGAUCCGACACCACGGCGACGGCGAUCCGGUCGAUCAUGCUGUACCUGCUCACGCACCCGCGCGUGUACGGCAAGCUCCAAGCCGCCGUCGACGCCGCUGUCGCAGCGCGGAAAGCGCCGCCUGUCCCGGGCAUCAUAUCCGAUGCCGAGGCCAAGGACCUUCCCUACCUGCAGGCUUGUGUCAAAGAGGGGAUGCGGAUCCACCCCCCGACCGCGGGCCCGUUUCCAAAGAGGGUCCCCGACGGCGGCGACACGGUCGUGGUGGACGGCAAUCCCGUGUUUCUCCCCGGCGGCGCCAACGUCAGCUAUGCCGCGUACGCCGUGCUCAUGGACAAGCGCGUGUACGGCGAGGAUGCGGACGAGUUCCGCCCCGAGCGGUGGCUGCUGGAGAAGGACGAGGCAAAAUUGGCGCUCAUGCACAGGACAUACGAUCUGAUCUUCGGCUAUGGCCGGUACCAGUGUCUGGGGAGGCCGAUUGCGCUUAUGGAGAUUUACAAGACUGUGUUUGAGGUAUGUUAA